CAGCUCCUGCAGGAGGUGCGCUGUAUGAAGCUGGUGCAGCACCCCAACGUGGUGCGCCUCUACGAGGUCAUCGACACACACACCAAACUCUACCUCAUCCUGGAGCUGGGUGAUGGUGGGGACAUGUUCGACCACAUCAUGCGGCACGAGGGUGGGCUGGCCGAGGCGCGAGCCAAGCACUACUUCGCCCAGAUUGUCCACGCCAUCUCCUACUGCCACAAGCUCCACGUGGUGCACCGCGAUCUCAAGCCCGAGAACGUGGUCUUCUUCCAAGAGCAAGGGGUGGUCAAGCUCACUGACUUCGGCUUCAGCAACCGCUUCCAGCCCGGCAAGAUGCUCACUACGAGCUGUGGCUCGCGGGCCUCCUCCGCGCCUGAGAUGGGAGGAGUACGAUGCCCCAGCUGUCGACAUCUGGAGCCUGGGGGUCAUCCUCUACAUGCUGGUCUGUGGCCACCCCCCUUUCCAGGAGGCCAACGACAGCGAGACCCUCACCAUGAUCAUGGACUGCCGAUACACCGUCCCCACACACGUCUCGGCUCAAUCCGCUGCCUGCUGCCCCUCACCUCGCACAAGCGCGUGUCCCAGGAGGAGCAUGAAAUCAUCCUCCGGGCCAUGAUGUGCGGGAACAUUGCGGAUCGGGACACCAUCCAGGAGGCGCUGGAAGCUGACCGCUACAACCACAUCACAGCCACCUAUUUCCUGCUUGCAGAGAGGAUGCUGCGGGAGAAGCAGAGCCGCAGCCUCAGCCUCGUCUACAACCUGGCCAAGGAUGUGCAGAGCAG